CAAGCCCAGGGUGACAAGGAUGAGGUGGAGAUGUGUGUGGUUGUGUUUCCUUUCUUUGUCUGUUGCCAGUGUCAUUGAUGUCCAAGCUAGACUGGUUCGCAACCAUGUCAGCAGCAUCUGCAGCACUUGGGGAAGAGAGCACUUCAAGACAUUUGAUGGUGAUGUGUACCAGUUCCCUGGUAUGUGUGAAUACAACCUGGCCUCAGACUGCCAUGAGUCCUACCAGGAGUUCUCAGUGCACAUGAAGAGGAAAGAGAAUGAUGGAAACCCUACAGUCAGUUAUGUGGUGGUCACCAUCAAUGACCAUUUAUUCCACCUCACUAAGAGCCAGGUCACUGUGAAUAGUCUUCCUAUCAAAAUGCCAUACUACAACGCAGGGGUCCAAGUGGAAAGAAAUGCUGUUUACAUCAAGCUCCAAUCUAAAGUCGGCCUCAUUGUCACGUGGAAUGGUGAUGAUGCAGUCAUGGUGGAACUGGAUCCUGAUUAUGCUAAUCGAACUUGUGGACUUUGUGGAGACUUCAAUGGUGUUUCUGUCUACAAUGAGUUCAUUCAUAAUGGUCGCAAAAUGAGCCCCAUUGAGUUUGGCAACAAUCAGAAAGUCCAUCGUCCAAACGACAAUUGCGAGGACCCUUUUGAAGAGGAAGAUGAAUCACUGGAGGCUGUUACUGUGCCGGAUUCAUGCAAGGAGUUUCAAACCACCUGUGAACGAAUGCUUCGUUCAGAGUCCUGGAGCUCCUGCACCAAACUGAUUAACCCUGAACCUUACAUCCAGGCCUGUGUGCAGGACAUGUGUGGCUGCAACAACAGAACAAAUGACUUCUGUGUCUGCAGCACGCUUUCGGAGUUGUCUCGACAGUGCUCCCACGCAGGAGGGCAGCCUCCCAACUGGAGGACACCUCAGUUCUGUGCUAAACAGUGCCCAUUCAACAUGGUUUAUGAAGAGAGUGGUUCCCCUUGUAUAGACACAUGCACACAUCUGGACACAAGUUCACUGUGUGAAGGCCACAAAAUGGAUGGCUGCUUCUGUCCUCCUGGAACUGUGUUUGAUGAUAUUUCCUUGAGAGGGUGCAUUGCUCAAUCUGAAUGUCAGUGCAAGCACGACAAAAUCUAUAACCCUGGUGAAGUUUACCGACAGGACAGAGAGGAAUGCACAUGUUUUGAGGGUAGAUGGGCUUGUGAGAGCCUUCAGACUCCUGCUACAUGUGCAGUGGAAGAGGGUUCACAUGUAACUACAUUUGAUGGGAAAACUUACACCUUUCAUGGAGACUGUUUCUACACCCUAGCCAAGGUGGAAAGCAAGACUGAUUCAAGUCCAAAGUUUACCAUCCUGGUUCAGUUGGUGCCAUGUAGACAUCUAGAGUCUGACACUUGUCUUAAGACCCUUAAAAUCCUGCUGAACAAUGACAAAAACAACGUGUUGACGUUCACUUCCGAUGGUACAGUAAAGCAGAAUAUGCAGACUAUCACUUUGCCACACCACUCAGGUGACAUCAACAUAUUCCAUGCUUCAUCCUUUCACAUCUUGCUCCAGACCAGCUUUGGGUUGCAAAUUCAGAUCCAGCAUGUGCCUGUCAUGCAAGUCUAUGUCAGCCUGGAACAGAGCUACAGAGCAAAGACACGUGGUUUAUGUGGGAACUACAACAUGGUCCUGUCUGAUGACAUGAAGACUCCACAGGGGAUCGUGGAGGGAACAGCAGCAACUUUUAGUAACUCCUGGAAGGCUAACUUCAUGUGCCGAGACAGAGAGGAAAGACUUGAUGACCCCUGUGCCUUCAGUGUGGAAAAUGAGAAUUACGCAAAACACUGGUGCACCUUGCUACUAAGUCCAAACAGUACCUUUGCACAGUGCCAUUCAGUGACGGAUCCUGAGAUGUACUACAAGCGAUGUACUUAUGCUAGCUGUAACUGUGAGAAGAGUGAGGCCUGCCUCUGUGCUGUCUUCUCCUCCUAUGCCAGAGCUUGUGCAUCAAAGGGAGUGUUCCUGACAGACUGGAGACAGAAUGUUUGCGAUAAAUACACAAGGAGCUGUCCAGCAUCUCAGACCUUCUCUUACAAGAAUCAGAGAUGCCAGCUGACUUGCAGAUCGUUGGGCGCAAAGCAGAAAAGCUGCACUUCUGACUUCUUGCCUGUGGAUGGCUGCUCCUGCUCAGAGGGUCUCUACCUAAAUGAAAACGGUUUGUGCGUCCCCAUGGCAAAAUGCUCCUGCUACCAUAAUGAAGUCUACAUCCAGGCAGGAAAGUCCAUCAGCAUGAAAGACGAGCACUGUGUGUGCACUAAUGGAAUACUUCAUUGCCAUUCUAUGAGAUCCCGCUCAUCAAUAUGCCCUUUUCCAAAAGUAUUCUACAACUGCUCCACUGCAGGCACAGGAGAGCUUGGACUGCAGUGUGCUCGAACUUGUUUAAAUCUGGACAGCAAUGAUUGUGACUCCACAGAGUGUGAAUCUGGCUGUCAGUGUCCAGGUGGCCUUAUUGAUGAUGGCAAAGGCUCCUGUGUGAAAGAAAAUGAAUGUCCAUGUCAGCAUGAUGGGCGUCUUUAUAGUGCUGGAACAAAAAUCCCUAACCAGUGCAACAGCUGUACCUGCAAAAAUGGAAACUGGGAGUGCACAGAGAAAAAAUGUCCUGGAACUUGCAUUAUUUAUGGGAGUGGUCACUACAAUACAUUUGAUCAGCGAACAUAUGGGUUUCAAGGACAUUGCGAAUAUGUUGCUGUUAAGAACAACUGUGGGACUAAAACAGUACAGGACAACUUUGGUGUUAUCACAGAAAAUGUACCAUGUGGAACUACAGGUACUACAUGCUCCAAAAUUGUCCGAAUCCAACUGGGGCGAAUGGAAGUCAAACUAUCAAAGGGUCACUAUAAGGAAGAGGACCUUGGAGAUGGCCCUCAGAUUCAGUACAAAAUAAGGAGGGUUGGGUUGUAUCUGGUUAUAGAAUCUGCCAUUGGUCUGACAGUGAUGUGGGAUCGCAAAACAACUGUUCGCGUCCUCCUAGAACCACGGCACAGCGGAGAGGUAUGUGGCCUGUGUGGAGAUUUUGACGGUGAUGGACAGAAUGACUUCACCACCCAGGGUCAGCUGGCAGUGAGCAAUCCAUUAGAGUUUGCAAACAGUUGGAAAGUGUCAAGCAGCUGCGCAGAUGUGGAAAUGAAUGUUGACCCUUGUGGAGCAAGACCUAAUAGACAUCACUGGGCAAAAAUGAUGUGCAGCAUUAUAAUUGCAAAGGAUGGUACUUUCAAAGACUGCCACUAUAAGGUAGAUCCCCAUCCAUUUUAUGAAAACUGUGUGACAGACUCAUGUGCUUGUGACUCUGGAGGAGACUGUGAGUGUUUCUGCACAGCAGUUGCAUCUUAUGCUCAAGCUUGUAAUGAGGCCGGUGUCUGUGUUGCAUGGAGAACUCCAGAGAUCUGUCCUGUCUUUUGUGACUACUACAACAGCCCAGGUGAAUGCAAAUGGCACUACAACCCUUGCCACACACCUUGCUACAAGACCUGCUUGAAUCCACAAGGAAUUUGUAGCAACCCUAUACCCCACCUGGAAGGCUGUUACCCUGUAUGCCCAGAAGAUAAGCCCAUAUUUGAUGAGAAGACCCAGAUGUGUGUGGAGGAAUGUCCAGGUUGCUUUUACAAUGGAACUAGAUAUGAGGAAAAUGAUGUUAUUUACAACGUGACUGACAAUUUGGGAACGUGCUACCAUGCAAUAUGCUUUAAUGCAACAGUGAUAUUUGGAAAUGAAAUCUGCACAACACCUGAACCUCCAACUACAACACCAGUGUCAACUAUAACCACACAAACUACAACUGAACCUCCCCCAGUGCCAACUACAACCACACAAACUACAACUGAACCUCCCACAACAACCCCAGUGCCAACUACAACCACAGAAGCUACAACUCCUACCACUACUCCGUGUAUUACAACCUGCGAGUGGUCAGACUGGUAUGAUGUGCAUAACCCUCAAAAGGACAAAAGUGACUGGGAAACAUACAAGAACAUCACAGAUAGUGGUCUACAAAUAUGCAAAAAACCCACAGAAAUUGAUUGUAGAGCAACAAUUUCUCCUAACAAAGACUUCAAUGACUUUGUGAGUGAAACUGGCCAAGUUGUUACCUGUGAUGUUGGAUAUGGUCUGAUAUGUCGAAAAGAGGAUCAGGUCAGACCUCCACGGAAAUGCUUCAACUAUAAGAUCAGAGUAUGUUGUGAGGUAGAGAUAUGUAUUACUACAACCACAGUGCCAACUACAACCACAGGGCCAACUACAACCACACAAACUACAACUGAAACUCCAACUACAACCACACAAACUACAACUGAAACUCCAACUACAACCACAGUGCCAACUACAACCACAAAAGUUCCAACUGAACCUCCAACUACAACACCAGGGCCAACUACAACCACACAAACUACAACUGAAACUACAACUACAACCACAGUGCCAACUACAACCACAGUGCCAACUACAACCACACAAACAACAACUGAACCUCCCACUACAACCACAGUGCCAACUACAACCACAAAAGGUCCAACUGAACCUCCAACUACAACACUAGGGCCAACUACAACCACACAAACUACAACUGAAACUCCAACUACAACCACAGUGCCAACUACAACCACAAAAGUUCCAACUGAACCUCCCACUACAACACCAGGGCCAACCACAACCACACAAACUACAACUGAACCUCCCACUACAACCACAGUGCCAACUACAACCACAAAAGGUCCAACUGAACCUCCAACUACAACACCAGGGCCAACUACAACCACACAAACUACAACUGAACCUCCAACUACAACACCAGUGACAACUACAACCACACAAACUACAACUGAAACUCCAACUACAACCACAGUGCCAACUAUAACCACACAAUCUACAACUGAACCUCCAACUACAACCACAGUGCCAACUACAACCACACAAACUACAACUGAAACUCCAACUACAACCACAGUGCCAACUACAACCACACAAACUACAACUGAACCUCCCACUACAACCACAGUGCCAACUACAACCACACAAACUACAACUGAAACUCCAACUACAACCACAGUGCCAACUACAACCACAAAAGGUCCAACUGUACCUCCAACUACAACACCAGGGCCAACUACAACCACACAAACUACAACUGAAACUCCAACUACAACCACAGUGCCAACUACAACCACACAAACUACAACUGAACCUCCCACUACAACCACAGUGCCAACUACAACCACACAAACUACAACUGAACCUCCCACCACAACACCAGGCCAACUACAACCACAAAAGGUCCAACUGUACCUCCAACUACAACACCAGGGCCAACUACAACCACAAAAGGUCCAACUGAACCUCCAACUACAACCCCAGUGCCAACUACAACCACAGAAGCUACAACUCCUACCACUACUCCGUGUAUUACAACCUGUGAGUGGUCAGACUGGUAUGAUGUGCAUAACCCUCAAAAGGACAAAAGUGACUGGGAAACAUACAAGAACAUCACAGAUAGUGGUAUACAAAUAUGCAAAAAACCCACAGAAAUUGAUUGUAGAGCAACAAUUUCUCCUAACAAAGACUUCAAUGACUUUAGGAUCAGUGCCAACUACAACCACAAAAGGUCCAACUGUACCUCCAACUACAACCACAAAAGGUCCAACUGAACCUCCAACUACAACACCAGGGCCAACUACAACCACACAAACUACAACUGAACCUCCAACUACAACACCAGUUCUAACUACAACCACACAAUCUACAACUGAAACUCCCACUACUACCACAGUGCCAACUACAACCACAAAAGGUCCAACUGAGCCUCCAUCUACAACACCAACUACAGAAUGCUUCUGUAUAGUUAAUGGCAAGCAUUAUAGUCCAGGGGAUGUAAUAUUUGACAUGGAACACAUUGGAUCAGGUGUAUGUCUCACAAUGACAUGUUCUGCUAUUUGUGAGAUUCACAACAAGACUGAAAUUUGCACGACUACGGCUAUGCCUUCAACCACUCCUUCAACCACUCCUUCUGUACCUACCUGCCCUGAAUGGGAUGUAGGACAAAAUGAUACUUUUUAUCUGUGCAACUGCACCAUGGCCAGAUGCAUUGAGAACAAUACAAUUGAAAUAAUUCCAUAUGAAUGUCCACCUAUUGAGAACAUCACUUGUGCCAAUGGAAAGAAACCAGUUCUUGUGUAUGAUGAGUACUUCUGCUGCCGACAUUACGCUUGUGACUGUGUAUGUGAAGGCUGGGGAGAUCCUCAUUACAACACAUUUGAUGGACUUUAUUACAGUUAUCAAGGAAAUUGUACUUAUGUCUUGAUGGAAGAGAUUUUUCCAAAACACAACUUGAAGAUUUAUAUUGACAAUGUCUUUUGUGAUCCCACUGAAGAUGUUUCUUGUCCGAGAUCGAUAAUUAUAUCAUACAAUGGACAUGUUUUCACGCUCAUAAAUCAUAACCUUGUUGGAGCAGCACGGUUAGAGGCACUCAAAGAUGGAGCAUCUCUGAAGCUACCUUAUUUACCCACACAAACAGGUGUUAAGAUCUUGAAUUCUGGCAUUAACUUGAUUUUGGAGAUCCUUCGUCUAAAUGUGGUCAUUACAUUUGGAAUCACUGGCUUUAGUGUCAAUCUUCCAUUUAAAAACUUUGGCAAUAACACACAGGGUCAUUGUGGAACAUGCAAUAACAACCAGACUGAUGACUGCAUGUUGCCUGGAGGCCAGCUAGUGGAAAGUUGUGCCGUAAUGGCUGACUAUUGGCUUACCAAGGACAUAUCUCAACCUAACUGCCAGAUACCAUCUGUACUGCCCACCAGUAAACCUGAACCUCCACCAACUCCUUGCAGGCCAGACUCCAUGUGUGAUCUGCUGAAGAGCAGUGUCUUUGCAGAAUGCCAUCCCUUUGUCUCACCUGACAAUUUCCACCGAGGUUGUGUUUUUGAUAGCUGCCAUGUUUCCAACCCAGUAGUGGAGUGCACAAGUUUGCAGACUUACGCUGCUGUCUGUGCUCAGGCAGGGGUUUGCAUUCACUGGAGGAAUCAUACAAACUGUGUGCAAGUGCCUGCCCAUCAAACAAAGUGUACAAGCCAUGUGGUCCUGCAGAACAGCCAACCUGUGAAGACAACCCUAAUGAACUAACCAUGAACUUCACCACUGAGGGCUGCUUUUGUCCUGAGGGAAUGAAACUCUUCAACAAAGAGUCUGGCCUAUGUGUUAAUAA